UGCUAACGCUUGAGCAUCAUAUUCUUCUCUGUUUAAGCUUCUCUCCGUUAUAAGAGACAACAAACAGAGUUAUUUGAAGGCAUAAAUCAACACGAGUGAGCCCAUUUUACUUUGAAUUGGAGCUAUGACUCAACUCGAUCGCAUUCAAAAAUACGGUGACAUUAAUCCCAGAAGUUCUAACUGCUCCACAUUUGAACCCUUUUUCCCUGGAGGUGAAGUUUCAAAGUGGUCACCUACAUUUGGGAAGGACCAUCACCCUUACGCGGAUCAAGAAGAUCCAGACCACAAUUCCAACCAUCCCAAGAAAUCAGUUCUGACCAUAGUGAAGGAGAAAGCCAACAAAUUGAGACAAACUUUUAGCCAGAAAAAGCAUAGUCAUGAUCAUUAUGUUAGCACCACUCCCUCUUGGGGUGUCAGCUUGGAGGACAAUGAAAAUGAAGAAGAUGAAGAACACCACCUUGAAUCCCCAAAGUAUGAAUCGGAGCUGGCUCCUGACUGGUACAAGAAAACCACAAUGCAGCAUCCAAGAGCAGUUCUCUCUGUUUCUGAGAACCAUGUUUUGGCAAGAUGUGUCAAUCUUGGUGCUCCACAAAGCGGAAAUGCUACUAAUGGCGAUGAUCAAACAUGGAGUAAGGGUGUUUCAGUGGAGAAUUUGAUGCAUAGCCAUGAGGCUGAGGAAGAAGAGAAAUCAAUAUCCCAAGAGAGAUCUCAUGCAAUUAGUCCAAGAAGAAGAACUCCUGUGGUUAUAGGUGUGGUGGAGAAGGUCAAAGAAGCUGUGAAUUCUUUGCUCAGCAACGACCAGUCGUCCAAAUACACAGCUCCCAUUAACUCAGCUAGUACUUCAGUAUCAGACAUACCGAUCUCCACCCAUAAUGCUCAUUCGGCUAAAACCUCACCAUCACAUGACCUUCCGAUCUCCACCAAUGCACAUGAAGUUGGGGAAGAAGAAAGUUAUGGGAGAAUACUCCAAGCCAAUUGAGAAAGAAUGAAUGCACCCUAGUGAUGAUAAAGAAACAAAUUUCUGAACCGUGUUGGAGUUUCAGAUUCUACAGAAUUCUCUGCCCUCAUGGAGUGUAAUUGGCUGUGGUCCAUCGUGACACGUGGGAAUUCAGAUUGUUUACGGCAAGUGCUUGUUGAUUCCUCUUCCCCAUGACUAUGGGAAUUCAGAUGUUGAUAUCUUGGCGGGUUCAUUUAAAGGAUCAUUUGCAAAGAAAAGAAAAGUUAUUCUGUGAUGAUUUAGGAAUAGAGAUAGACAUAUCAUGGGAAUUCAUCAGAUUUUUUACGGCAAUUGCUUGUUGAUUCCUCUUCCCCAUGACUAUGGGAAUUCAGAUGUUGACAUCUUGGCUGGCUCAUUUAAAGAAUCAUUUGCAAAGAAAAGGAAUGUUCUUCUGUGAUGAUUUAGUAAUAGAGAUAGGAGAUAGACGCAUCAUGCGGCCCUACGUUGGUGUAGGAUUUUCAGGCAGUUUGGACCCUAAUGUUGUGUCUACCUCUGUUUAUAAUAGUCUAUCUCUGUUUAUAAUAAAUCAUCCAAUUCGAUCAGACAAUUAGACAUGAUAAUGAUCAUUUUGAAACUAAAGGCAUCCUAAGCACAGUUCCUAGCCGACAAUCUAAUUCGAAGUUGGUAAUAAGAACUCAUUACUCGGAAGUUUGAGACAUUGGAAACAGUGAAAAUCCUCUGUUCACAGCAAGGCACAUCUCUCCCAAUUCUCCUGAUGGCCACGGUUCUUAGAUCACUUUAUUUUCUGAUAAUUAUCUAUGUUUCCAUUUCUCCCUUGGCCUUUGCUCAAGAUGAAAACCAAUUCAUCUACAAUGGAUUCAUCAAUCAAGCCAAUCUGCAUCUUGACGGAAUAGCUGAAAUUCACCCCAAUGGUCUCUUGCAGCUAACCAACCUUUCAAACCAGAUAGUUGGUUAUGCUUUCUACAAAUUUCCCAUAAAAUUCAACCCAACUAGAUCUCUAUCAUUUUCGACAAACUUUGUCUUUGCCAUGGUUCCUCAAGUUCCAAAUCUCGGUGGUCAUGGCUUGGCCUUUGCCAUCAGUCCUUCCAGGGACAUCAUCCAUGCUCUAGAAAGUCAGUAUCUUGGACUCUUUAAUGGGUCAAAUAACGGACUUCCUGCAAACCAUAUUUUGGCCAUUGAGAUUGAUUCUAUUAAGAAUCCUGAAUUUGAAGACAUCGAUAAUAAUCAUGUGGGAAUUGAUGUGAAUGGCCUGAAAUCAGUUGAAUCGGCUCCUGCAACGUAUUUUUCCAAUAAAGAAGGGAGGAAUAUAAGCUUGGAGCUCAUAAGUGGGAAUCCAAUGCAACUUUGGAUAGAGUAUGAUGAAGUAGAAGAGUUGCUGAAUGUAACACUAGCCCCUACCAGAAUCCCAAAACCAAACAGUCCACUCUUGUCAAAAUCCAUCAAUCUGUCUCAAAUUCUCUUGGAAUCUAUGUAUGUUGGUUUCUCUGCUAGCACAGGUACACUUGCAUGCGACCACUACAUUCUUGGAUGGAGCUUUAAUAAAAGUGGACAAGCACAAAGCCUCGAUGUUUCAAGCCUCCCUCCACUUCCCCGGCAGAGGAAAAGAAAAGAUAAACCAGGACUAACGAUCAUGACUUUUCUUGUCACAGUAGCGGUUGUGCUGAUAACAAUCCUUGGAGUUGUUUGCUUUUUAAGGAGGAAGAAAUAUGAAGAAGUGCGUGAAGAUUGGGAGAUGGAGUAUGGUCCACAGAGGUUCAGCUAUAAGAGUCUUCAUAAAGCAACCAAAGGUUUUAAAGACGAAGAGCUUCUUGGAGCAGGAGGUUUUGGAAAGGUUUAUAGAGGAACACUUCCUUCUAAUGUUCAAGUUGCUGUCAAGAGAGUUGCUCAUGAUUCCAAACAAGGGAUGAAGGAAUUUGUGACAGAGAUUAUUAGCAUGGGAAGACUGAGGCACAGGAACUUGGUGCAGCUACUCGGCUAUUGCCGGCGAAGGGGAGAACUCCUCUUGGUCUAUGAUUAUAUGCCCAAUGGAAGUCUAGACAAGUUAUUAUAUAGCAAUGAAAGAACAAGUCUUAACUGGUUUCAACGAUUUCAAAUCCUCAGAGGAGUAGCAUCUGGCCUUCUUUACCUCCAUGAAGAGUGGGAACAGGUUGUUCUACAUAGAGAUGUAAAAGCAAGCAAUGUUCUCUUAGAUGAUGAAUUAAAUGGAAGGCUAGGAGAUUUUGGCCUUGCCAGAUUAUAUGACCAUGGCACCAAUCCCCAAACCACCCAUGUGGUUGGGACUGUAGGAUAUUUAGCUCCAGAGCUUACUAGAACAGGAAGGGCAACCACCUGCACUGAUGUGUUUGCUUUCGGGGCUUUCAUGCUUGAGGUCGCCUGUGGAAGGAGGCCUAUAGAGCAACAAGCGCUGCCUGACAAAAUAGUUUUGGUUGAUUGGGUCUUUGAAUGUGGGAGAAAAGGAGCUAUCCUUGAUGCCAGUGAUCCUAGAUUGGAAGGUAACUAUGUGUUGGAGGAAAUGGUGUUGGUUUUGAAACUAGGGCUACUCUGCUUACAUGCAAUUCCAACAGCCAGGCCUAGCAUGAGGCAAGUGAUGCAGUUCCUUGAUGGCAAUGCUGAUCUGCCGGAUGUACCAUAUGACAGUGCUUCUUUUGGUACAUUUACAAGUAAUGAAGAAUCCACUUUCUUUUUGUCACUUAAAUCAUCAUCUGGCCAGGGUUCUGCUCCUUCCAUGUCUACCUCGAAUUCGAUCCUUAUAAAUGGUCGUUGAAUUAGCUGAGUCUCAUGAAUCAUCAUAAGUAAAACCAAAUCAUGGAUCGACGGCCCUUGGCACACAAAAAGCAUACAGAUUACUUGGGGGUGGAGAGAAGAGGAAGAACAAACCUGUGAAGAUUAUGAUGUAAACAGUAUAUACACUAGUUGUUGUAAAA